UUUUUUAUCUGUCUUUGCUAAAUUAUCAAGAUUAUUAUUAUAAGCUAACUUUUAUAUAGUAAAUAAAAAUAAAAUUAAGGCUCAUUUAAAGUUUUUUAAUAGCCUCUAAGAUUUUUCGAAUUAAAAUGUCAGUAUGAUAAAAAAAAAUCACAAUUAUUUAAUGUACAUACACUCAAAAGUUAAGCUUACUUUGGUCCAGAUAACCAAUUAAAUAGGUUUUAUUUUUUCUUUGUUCUAACAAGGUUGCAAAAAUUAUUUUAUUUUGAUUAUUUUAUUGUGAAAUUCCAGUUUUAUGCAAUUGAAGCAAAAGCUCUGCCUUUUAAAAAGAAUGUUUUUAAUAUUUCAAGCUGAAAAGCUGUCGCAUUUCUAGCAGUCGUCCACUAGAUGGCGGUACAACUUUAAAUUGUGAUGGUGAAAAAUGAGGAAAGCAGCACAGUAUACUAAAGCAGUAGUAUUUUUUAAAAUCCCCACAAAUUUUGUCUGUACAGAAAUGUAUUUUCUAUUAUAUAAAAUCAUUUGGUACUGUACAGUGGAAAUGCAGCUUUUUAUUAUUAUUAUUAUUAAAUAUUUCAAUUAAUCAAUCAAUUAUACUUUAUUAACCCCAAGGGAAACUGGUUUAUACUAAUAUUUACAGACUUGUAAACAUCAGUCAAUUUUAAGAGAUGACUACUCCCGCUCUAAUAUUUUUGUGUUUACAUAACAGGGAUUGCUGUCUAUUACCAAUUUGUGUUUGGUUUUAAAAGAACGAAUCAAAUAAAAAGGAGAAAUAAGCUUUACCCUUUUGCUGUAAUUUUUUUUUUUUUCUGUUUCCACCAAAAGUUUUGAGUUCAUCAAGUGCACAGAAGGGCAUUCUAAGUGUUAUUCUGCUUUAGUUUGACAUGUUCAAAACCUAAACCCAAUAUUUGGUAUCCUUGUAGUUUUUUGUCAAUAACUCUUCUUUGACACACUUGUUGUUGUGUGACUUGAUCAGGGCCGUUUCAAAAGGCGUUUCCCUUUAUUUUGCUCGAGUCCUCGAAACACUGAUGACACAUACCUGAAACAGAGGCCACUGUGUUGUUUCACCCUGAAACUUUCCCCGAAGAAAAAAACAAAGAGAAAAAAGUGAAACCACACACGGACCUCAACCAGGUCUGUAACUUAGGUGCAGGUGGGAAUUUUCAACAGGUUUAGCAAGUAAACAGCAUUUUGUGGCAUUUUCUGACAUUUAGUGCAUGUGUUUAUCUACCUUGUAGUGAAAGGUGAGAUGUCAGAUAGGAAUGGUGAUUUCUGCAUUUUUUCUAAAGGUGUUUCUAAACAGACAAUAUUAAAUAAAUAGCUCUAUAAACAAUGUUUUUUUUAUUGUAAUGAUUUUCAUUUAGUCAAAUCUUCAUGUGGUUACUGGUGGAUUUCUGAUUUGACUACUAAAACCUAAAUAUUCUAAUAUUUUGGUACAGAAUAACAAUAGAAAAUUUGGGGUAAAGUGCAAAUUGGUUGUUUUCUAUUGAAACUGUUGAGGGUGAAAAACAGAACAAAAAACAACAGAGUAAGUGUUUUUUGGUCUUUGGUAGUCUCAUGAUAAAUCAGGAACUAUAUGAUUCAUUCGAGUUAUGAUGGGUUCUUCACUUCAUUCUUCACUCCUUGGCCGAGUCUUUUUCCUCUUUUUUUAUGUGUUAGUUGUGGUGAGUCAGAGAACAGGGCCAGCCCCCAGAGUUCAAUCUGGAUCUGUUCACUGCCUCUUCGAACAUAUGUGGGAAAGUACCAUUUGGAUUGGCUGUUCAUCUGUAGGUAGCACGGCAGAAACACCGGCAGUCAUUAAAACAUCCACAUCAUAUGCACGCAGUGAGCUCAGGAAGUCAACGCUCUCUCUGCUUGGGUGCACAGCAAAGGAAACUAAAGACCUGUAGAUUCGUCACUUCUUAAUCUGUCUUCCUGCAACCCAGCUGAGGCCGCUGAAUACCGCUACCAGAGGGACGAUGCCACAACAAACCCAGCAUGUUCUGCUCUACAUACUCCUGAUGUGGACCACCUUCGUUUCCAUCACCCAGAUUGUGCUGCUCAGCCUCUUCUUCACAGCAGGACAGCGUGGUUUGUGUCCAGAGUGUGGCACUGCAGGAGUACCUGAUAAGCUCCGUGGGAUGACCACACCACCACAGAACCCCUCGUAUGAUGGACUUUUUUUAGGAAAAGGAAUGAUGCUCACCUUCAAGGGGAGAGGCUAUACGGGCCUCCCAAAUCAGACGGAGAUUGAAUGGAUUGCAGCAAAUCCGAGUGAAAAGCUGAUUACAGGCUCCAAAGGAAAUCUGAAAAUCUUGCUGGACGGAUACUUUUUCCUAACUCUUCAAGUGACGCUGUGUGAAAAAAGUCAGAAAAAUGAAACAGUGGAGCUGACGUUCAACCAGGAUGUUAAACUGAAGGGCUGGAUUCACCAAAACACAGUCAGCACGGGGGUGCUGAGCAGAGCCAUAGAACUGUCUGCUGGAGGGUUGCUGAAAGUCACCAUUUCGUCUGGAGGGUUGUGCAUCAAUUUCAACGAAUCUUUGACACACCUGGACAUCAUCUUCAUCACCAAAGUUUGAUGUAGUUCUUAUUAUUUGGUUUCUCUGGCAACCCUCCAUCUCUGGAGCUUCCUUUGCCUGUAAAUUCACAGUCAUGCAGACAAGACUGGGUCCCCCCCAAAGGUUCAUUUGAGACUUCCCACCUUUGGGAUGGCAGAACACUUUACUUUCACAAUUUGAACACUUUUAUGUACAAAAAUGAACCAAAAAUGUUUUAAAAUAACAAGAAAAGGAAGAUUUUUAUUUUAUUUUAUGUUCUUUUCAUCUGAAAAGCAGAGGUCCCAGCAUCAGCUCCAGAACUGUUGUGAGGUUUUGCAUCAUCACUACAUAUCUUUUUCUCAGCUGAUAUGCACAAGAAACACUUCUCGAAAAAAUGUCAAACUCCUUAAAAUUCCUCGCAUCAGAAGCUAUUUUAUUUAUGUGCAUUGAUCUAAACUAAAGAAGUAAAUCAGUUUUUACUUCAUAUCAGCUUUGAGCUGGGGUCAAAGGAAAUUCAGAGAGAAAUAUUGCUUAAUUGUUUAUUUAUUGGUCAGAAUAAUAGUGAAAUGUAAGAAUGUAUGAAAAUGCCACAUUUCUUGGCGGGAAACCUAAUUUCUUUAUUUGAACAAGAUAAUUUGCACAACUUUUUUUAAAUCUUACUUCCAAUUUAUUUCUUUCAACUGUUGUCAUCUGUAUGUAUUUAAGUGUAUUUAUUUAUUUGGAGGCCAGUUUUUUUUCCUUUUUUUUGGCAUGACAUUGUACUGUAGAGAUGAAAAUGUAUUUAAAGGUUCUUGUAAGCUUCUACCUGAUGCUACGUUGUCACAGAAUUGUAAUAAGAAAAUAUUUUUAGACUUUUUUACUUGACAAAAAUCUUUGGGGGAAUUUUUUUUUUUUUUUUUUUUUUUUGCAAUUUGUUCUGGUUAUGUAUGUGUGAAAUAUUGUUUUUGCUGACAUUUCAAAGUGAAAUGGUCUAAUAGAAAUAGGCAUCAGGGAGUAAACAUCUGCUACACACUGUGAUACAGGAAAUCUCAGGCGCUGUGGUUGUGAAAUGUUCCUUGUUUUCAGUUCCUUUUUGUUAUAUCAAGACUUGUGGCUUAAAUCCUUACAUUGCUGUUAAAAACCCCAGAUGUUUUUUCUUGUUUUUUUGUGUUUGAUUUGAAAAACAUUUGUAAUUUUGUAAUAAAGUUUAUUUUUUAACCACUUUUUAAUACUUUGAGAAAAUGAGCCUCGAUGUGAGGUUAUUUAGAUCAAAUGAAAUAACAAAAAUGAUUAGCUGUGUCUCGUUCUGACUCACUUUUGAGACCCUGUAUUUAAAGUGAAAGUGAGAGGUCAUGAGUUAACAGUGGGAUACCACAAUAGAGGCAAACUUCAAUGGGACCCUCCUUGUCAAAAUCAGUUGACAAAUCCCAAAGAAGCCACAACAAAAAAAAAAGUUGCGACCAUCAGCACUUCAUCUGACCCACUUAGUCUGUAGAUUAAAUCUCUUGAUUAAAAAUAGUCCAAAAGUGAUGGAACAUAAAGCCCCACACGAGAGUCAAAAAGCAUCCCUUCUAUUUCACCUGAAAACUUUCCAGAGCUACUUUCCAGCCCACUCAUUCAGUCGCUGCCACCACAGCUUUCUGUGAAACAAACAGAUGUCCAAGACGCUAAAUUCCAGUGCAGAUAGCAUGUACUCCCACCCACUCUGUUUCAUAUAUUUGACAUAUUUUUUGGGUGUCCAUAAUAAAACAUUAAAGAAAUCGUUUGUACAAAAACAUCUCAGUUUCCAGCAUUUUCAGAAUCAGGCUUUGAAUCAAUUCCACUUUUUUUUUUGCUUUACUGACGUGCUCUUUGAGUUCUGAUAUUAAUCACCUAUAUAAUUGGCAUAUUUUCCACAUAUAUAGAUGUUAUCGGGGAUUUUUCACUGUUUUUUUUUUUUUCAGCGUCUUUACAAUCAUUGAGAAGCAACAUGGUCAAGAAUUUGCAAUUGUGUAAGUUUGGACCAAAAAGUACACAAAAUGUUUGCAAAAAGAAAAGUUUUGUUGUGUUUUUUUUUUCUCUCCAAGCAAGAGCCCAACACAAGGGGACAGUAUUUAGCUGUGAAAUGUUUGAUCUGCUCUUUUACUUUUUCAGUCUUUGCAGAUCUAGCUUUAGGAGUUUACACAUAUAUGACUGCUGAAUGAAAAACUAAAGUGUAAAAUGAGUUAUCUCUCAGUUUUAAACGUGUGGAACCGUGACAGUAGAGUUAUACGUGAGAGUACAAUUCUGAUCUAUUAAUGGAAAAAUGGUGGUUUUUAUGGGAGUUCGUUUCUGAAAAUGAGUAAGGAAAUCUUAUCCCACACAAAUUCUCUGUAACGACAAUCUGGUCUAGACUCUAAUUGAGAUUUGGCAUGCAUCAAAGCAACCACACUGCUGAUACCGCUCCCCCCUCUCCGUGUUGCCUUUGCACACCUCACGGGUCUGCCGGCGCUGGAAGGUAAUGAGUCACACACACAUCAGGAAAAUCGAAACAUCCGAGCAAAGAUCACUCAAACUCUGACAGAAACACAAACUAUUUAAAAAAACUGGAGUGUGUCAGCAGUUGGCAAAGUUUUCCUUUGAGGUAAAAGGGAAUUUGAGGUUCACCAACACUUGUAGACAAGAUCUCUCAAAAACAGUCCUGUGACACUAUGCUUUCUCCACUAUCGCUAUCGGGGUUGGAAAGUGAGUCAGGCAAUUUGCUAUACUGACACCCCCUUCCCCCAGCGUCCCCUACUACCACUUCCCUUUCGGUUUACGAACAUACAAAUCUGUGGGUGUUUUCUUGAGCUACUUCUUUGAACAGUCACAGAUGAAGGGAAAGCGCAACAGUGACUGUAGGAGACUCAAAGGAAGAAAAAACUUCUCACUUAUAAGGCUUUCUGGUUGAGACCAUGUCAGUGCAAGUGUUACCAAGAUGACAAUCGCUUGAACUGUAAGUAGAUAGUGGCUUUAAAACAGGUGGUAAUAACUCCUCAACUGUAAAAAGAUGGAGAAAAGGCUCAAAGGUCAAAUCUAAAGAUUAAAUUGAGAGUUUAAAACACCAAUAAAAAGAAUUGACUGCUAAAUACAAAAAAGUAAAUUAAAUAAAAGUACUUAACAUACCCCUCAAAUUGGGAAUAUAAACGUUUAGAGUUAAGUGGUGUUGGACUCCAAACCGGAUGUUUCAGGACCCCUUAGAAAUAAGUCAAAAAGAUACAAAAAAAUAAAUAAAUAAGUAAAUAAAUAAAGAACUUUUUAUUUAAGAAAAAAAGUUGUUGUCACUAAGCCAUGAUUUCUCAAAGUAAGAUUGCUUUGCUAUUGAAAAACUUUCUUGCUAAAAUGAUUUUUCUUGCAAUACAGAUAAUGAGACCGUUUUCUUGAAACAAGUCUUCGUACUUUAGGGGUGGGAUUAUAUAAGUUUGCUUCUUCCCACUCCUUUUCAAGCAAUCUAUGCUUGAAAUAAACCAAUCAAUCAAUCAAACUUUUAUAAGAUUCAGUAUUUGCUAUGUGCUGAUUACCUGCAUCUGGUGUGUUUUGCAAACAAAAUGGCCGGAUAGUUGGAACAUGUAGGACGCUGGCCCCCGAGGCCUGGAGCUUGACACCUGUGGCUCAGAUGAAUGACAUCUAGCACACUAAACUGGGUCAUCACCUGUUUCUCCAAAGACACGUCAAAUGCAGAAACCCAGACCAAUCUGCUGCAGUUAGCUUAAAAAGUUGACAUAUUUUUUUAUGUCUUCAGCUGUCAGACUGAAGGCCUUGUGAUGGGCUCCAGAAAAUAUUCCACAGAUUAUAAAAGUCCAUGCAAGCAGACAGCUUCCCUUGUGAGCCAUGAAACUCGUCUGU